AUGCAGCAUGAAAACUUAGUAACCCCAGCUCAGAUUGACGAGGUGAUACAAUAUACCUAUACCGAAGAGCGGUGCUGUAUCAAACGUUUAAACGGCGCCACCUUGUCGCUAGAACUUUGUUUUAUUAACCUGGCGGUUAUACAACACAUUGCUGAUAAAAAAUCGAGGUUGGCCGCGGAUACCUUUUCCGGCAACAAUGGAACUGAAACUUCUCCUUUCUCCAUCCCGGCGCGGAUCAAAGUCGAAAUACCUCCACAGUUAAGACAGGUUUCUUUCAGUACAUUGUUCCAGCCAUACCGCCACAACGACGGCACCGAGACAAGGCCGAAACGGGUCCUAAUCUGGGGCCGAGCGGGUAUGGGCAAGACCACGCUGUGUAAAAAGAUCGUUCAUGAUUUCUACCAUAACACUCUCUGGAGAGAUCUUUACACACGCAUCGUAUGGAUUCCACUGCGCAAUUUAUGGCGAUUGGCCGAAUCGUGUCAAAGUAUAGGCGAUUUGCUUAAGCACGAGUUUCCCUGUCGAUGGUCAGUAGAACGCACGCAUGAAACAUUUCACGACAUUGCCGACGACGAACGAACGCUUUUUUUGCUCGAUGGUCUAGAUGAGGUGUCAUCGAAAUUGGCCGACGACAAAAUUCUGCGGGAUCUCCUUCGACGACCUAAUAUCAUUAUUACUUCUCGACCACACCCAACGCGAUUACCAUUGCGACCAGACAUUGAGAUGGAAACAAUUGGCUUCCUACCCGAACAAGUAAACGAGUACUUAUCGCGGAUAGCGGGUGAUCAGGCGGGACAAAUUCGAGAUUUCAUCAACGAACGGCCAAUCGUGCGGAGUUUGGCAGGCAUACCCAUUCAACUCGAUGCAAUUUGUUAUACUUGGACUAUGAAGAGAUUCCCAAGGGAUAACGUAACCAUGACCGCGCUAUACAUAGCCAUCUCUCGCAACCUUUGGGCGAGCAGUGCCCUGCGGCUGGAAAAGAAACGUAAUGGCAGGUCUUUGACCAUACCUAAGUUGGAACUAUCCAUUAACUGGGAAAUAGAGAUUAUCGUCCAAAAUGAGGCAAGUUUCCUUCAGGAAUUGGCGUUCCGUGGUCUGUGCGAGGAGGUGACUGAGUUCAGCGUUAAGGACAUCGAGGCAAUCAGGAAGUCGAUGCAUAGCAGUGAUUGUAUACAUCUCCUGUUUCUCCGUGUCUCGGACAGCUCGAUUCCGGUGGAGGAUCGAACGUUCCACUUCAUUCACCUCACCUUCCAGGAGUUUUUUGCCGCUCAGUAUUUUGUCCUGUGCUGGUCACAGAAUAAGCGGCUCCUAGGUCACCAGAGGAGACAAGCUGGUGCACGGAAAGGUCUCCCCGUGCAGAAAGCUCUUGGGCCUUUGCCAUGA